AUGCCUGGGCGAGUGAGAGGUCUUUCUGUGCACGCCAGACGGUAUUUCCAUGCUGGAAGAUCUUCAGGAGAAGCGCAGCGUACAGAUGCCGCAGUCCAAGGAACCGCGGCGACAGUGUGUGGAGACGCCCAAGGAGAGGCGUGGCGGACAGAGGACGGAUCUUUCUGCAGCAGUGCGGAUGUCCCGGUGCCUCGACCGUCUGGCAGCGAGCGGGGGAAGGGACGUCACACUGAAGGACAAGGGGAAAAGAGCAGCGGAUGCCGCGGCUAUCGCGAGGACGAAGAAGCUCUGUGGCAACAGGAGGUCAAUUCGCUUGGCGCACAAGCUCGCAUGCUUCAGUGCGUUUACCACGAAAACAGUCCAUUUCUUCGAGGUGAAACGAGGCAUCGAAGUCACGCACUCGUGCCCGCGUGGCUUCUGCAGGGAGGCCAGAAGGGGGAGACACAGGAAGGAACAGGGGGAAAGUCAGACGGAGCUGCUGUCUGUGUCGUUCUGGUCAACCUCGGCAGUCCCUCGAAACCGACCUACCGGCAUCUCUGGAGAUAUUUGAACCAGUUCCUUGGAGACUCGAGGGUCGUCGAGGUGCCCACGGCUCUUUGGUUCCUCAUCCGUCACAGCUUCAUUCUUCCAUUCCGCAGUUAUGCCUCUGCGAAGAAGUAUCACUCUAUCUGGCACCUGGACCCCGGCGCUUCGCACUUUCCGUCUCUGUGUCACCGCCCUCACUCGCCGCUGCCCGAGCGGCGCCUCCAGGAAGCCGCCUCUGCAGUUGGGAGAGUGCAGCACGCGCACGCACGGCCUCACGCCGCGCCUCAGGCUUCUGCAGCGGCUUGCGGAGCCCACAGCCACGUGGCUACAGGCGAGGCGAAGCCCGCGGCGGCCCGCGCCACAGGCGACCUGCGGCGGGCGACGGGGGGGAAGGCGCGGGGCUCGAGCCGGGAGGCAGGGGAGGAGCCUGGGCGCGAGCUUUCCGCCACGGAGGCCGCCGGUCGCGUUGUUGGUCAGGUCUGGAGAGAGGCGCGCGCGGCUGCGCGGAAAAUGCGUGCGCGGGACUUCACAGCGCCAGCCCCGCUUGUGCGCAUCACAGAGGCGCUUCGACGCGAAGUCCAGGCGCGGUUCGAUCGACUUGCGGACGAACUGCGAGCGGCUCCGCCAAGAAGAGAAGAGGAGCACGGCAGCGCGCCGAGGUCUGGCGGCGGGGCGGACGCGCACAGCGGAGGGGGUUCGCUCCGCGUGGAAGGAGGGGCGGGAAAGGGUCAACUGUCUGCGGCGCGAGUCCCUUGCGGCGGCUCCGGCGUCUGUCCGCCGGCAAGACCCGAGGACACAGCGAGGAGUGCAGGGAGGGCGGCGGACGAGGAGGCAGGGGCACGCCAAGAUCUGCAUGUAGUCGACGCAUGCGGUGCAGACGCCUCGCGGCGCCUGAGGCCCGGCAUUCGCGUGCUGAUGGGCAUGCGGUAUGGCGAGCCUUCCCUUCCCUCUGUGCUCCGAGAGGCUCAGCGCGGGGGGUGCCGGAAGCUCUUGAUUCUCCCUCUCUAUCCUCAAACCGCGAAUGCGACGACUUCCUCCGUGUACGACGCCGCUCUCGAAGAAAUCAUGAAGUGGCGGGUCAUGCCCGACCUCCGCAUUCUCAGCGGCUACGCGGACCACCCCGCGUACAUUGGAGCUCUCGCAGCUUCCAUUCGGCGCUUCUGGGAAGCGGAGAGGCUCGCCCAGGAGUCGGCGGCCGAGGCGGCUGUAGCGCGCCUCUCCUCCGGAAGGGGAGAGAAACUGAUUUUCUCGUUUCACGGCAUCCCGAUAAGCACGGGAAGGCAAGCAGGAGAGAUCUACCAGUGCCUGUGUGCCAAGACCGCGAGACUGGUCGCCGAAGAGUUGCAUUUGAAACCUGAGGAGUGUGAGGUUGCCUUUCAGUCGCGCUUCGGGCCUGCGGAGUGGACGAAGCCCUACAUUGACCGGCGCCUUGAGGCUCUGGCGGCUGCGGGCGUCCGCGUGGUCGACGUCGUGAUGCCUGGCUUCGCGACAGACUGCCUCGAAACGAUUGAAGAAAUGGGGUGUUUCUACAGCGAGAAAUUCCACGCCCUGACGAAGGGUCGAGGGAGGCUGCGAGUCAUUCCCUGUUUGAACGCAAGCGCCGAAGCCAGUUCAGCGAUCUUCACUAUUGCGAGAGAGCAGAUGACUGACUGGCUGAGGCUCAUGAAAUGA